AUGUUUCCAUGGGCCUAUCCGGUUAGUAGAAAGGAGUAUGGACAGCUUUUUCAAGGGCACAGCAUUUUGCGACGUACCCAUCGCACACGGGUGGCCAAUAAGAACGAUGAAAGCAAGCUACCGUUACAACAGGUAGGCGUGGAUACUCCCUCAUUGCACUGGAUCCGGAGCCGGCUUAACUCCAGGGCUCUAGAACGGUUUAACACAGUGUGGGACUUGGCGCAACAGCCAGCUAUUUUCAGGACAGGGGAACGAGGGCCCCUCUUGAGAAUGGCAGGAGGGGGCGCCCAGGUUAUGAAGAAGGCGGGCAUUAUUCAAACCGCAUCAAAGCUACCCACUACCGGGUGGGUGGUGCCUUUUGCGGUUGUAGAGGAAAAACCGUCGGGGCAGCGGCGCCGUUUCAUCGCAUGGCCAAAAGCUGAAAAUGAACAAUAG